AUGUAUUUCAUAAAAUCUGAUAAACAUUCAUCAUCUAAUCAUAAUUUAUACAUUUGUAUAGUUAAUAAAUUUUAUAUUUAUAUUCAAGCUAGUAUAGUCUUACAAAAUAUAUUUACUAGUAACUAUUAUGUCAUUUCAUUCUUUAGUUAUUAUUGUAAGUCAAUAAUUAAAUAUAAGUUGGGAUUAUUAAUGUGUUUGUUAUAUUUUGUAUUAAACUUUAAUUCAUUAUAUCUACUUAUUCUUGAUGUUAAUUUUGUGAAUAUUUAUACUUUCAGUUUAUAUUAUUGGAUAGGUUUUCAAAUUAUAGCUAAAAGAUUUAAUUAUUAUCCUAAUCAACUGUAUAAAUCAAAUAAUAAUAUUUCAACAGCUUAUAGCUUAAUUAAUUCUAAGCUAUUGAGUAAAAAUAUAUUGAGACGUUACUUAAUUUUUACAAUUCUUUUAUCAUAG